AUGCAUGCCAGCAUCUAUGCAGGGGUAUUCUGUACCCUGAUCGCGCCGACAAUCGGUAUAGUCUUGGAAAGUCUUCCUGCAGGAGCUCCAACUGGCUGGUCUCUUGCCAGCGAGCCUUCCAAAAACUCAACCAUAUCGCUGUCCAUUGCCCUUGGUCGUCAGAACCUUGACCAGUUGGAGUCCAAGUUGACAAAGCUGUCAACCCCUGGCUCAGCUGAGUAUGGAAAAUGGCUUGAGAAGGAGGAGGUCGACUCCCAAUUCCCCAUCGUUGAUAAUGCCCCUGUGGUGAAAUGGCUUCACGAUGCAGGUAUCUCGACCGUCGCGCCUGACGGUGCCUUGCUCAACUUCACUGGUAGCAUUGACAGUGUCAAUCGUUUGCUCAACGCCAGUUUUGCAUACUACCAGAAUGGAGAGUCCACGAAGCUGCGUACGACGCAGUACUCUAUUCCUGAUGAGUUGGCUACCUACAUCGAUAUCAUCUCGCCUACUGUUUACUUCGGCAAGGCCCAGAGCGCCGACCCGGUGACCUCAAGCUCGAAGCAGGUAGAGUCCCACAAAGGCUCAUCCACCGAUGUUGCGCCCUCAUGCCAAACGUCCAUCACUCCUUCAUGUCUGAAGCAAAUGUACAACAUAGGUGACUACGUCCCGAAGCCAGCGGCCGGUAGUCGCAUUGGAUUUAGUAGCUUCCUCAACCAGUCUGCCCAACAGUCCGAUCUACUAGCCUAUGAAGCUCGUUUCAACAUUUCAUCGCAAAGCUUUACUGUUGAGACCCUCAAUGGCGGUGUUGAUAAUCAGAGUGCCCCCAGUAGCGAUGUGGGUGAGGCAAACUUGGAUGUUCAGCUGAUCACCGCUGUUUCUCACCCUUUACCAGCUCAUGAGUUCAUCACUGGUGGUCUUGCACCUUUCAUUCCAGAUGCCGAUGAGCCGACCGAAGCUGAUGCUUCAAACGAGCCAUAUCUUAUCUACUAUGAAUAUCUGCUUUCCAAAAGCAAUGCAGAUCUGCCGCAGGUCAUUUCCCACUCUUAUGGCGAUGAUGAACAGACUGUGCCUGAGAAAUAUGCCAAGCGAGUCUGUGACAUAAUCGGCCUGAACACCCUGCGUGGCUUGACCAUUAUCCAUUCUUCUGGUGACGAAGGUGUUGGCUCCGCUUGCCAAGCCAGUGAUGGCGUCACACCUCAAUUCAACCCAAUCUUCCCUGCGACUUGUCCAUAUGUCACAGCAGUGGGUGGUACCUCGGAUGUUACCCCGGAAGUUGCCUGGAAUGCUUCAUCUGGUGGUUUCUCUAACUACUUCCCUCAAGCGUGGUACCAGAAAUCUGCCGUGAAGGAUUACUUGAAGCAUGUCACUUCGGAGACAAAGGAGUAUUAUUCCAAGUUUGCAGACUUCAACGGACGUGGCUUCCCAGAUGUAUCUGCACACAGCUUGUACCCUGACUAUGAGGUGAUCUCUUUAGGCAAGAAGAUAGCCACUGGAGGUACAUCUGCUGCCGCACCUACCUUUGCUGGAAUCGUUGGUCUACUCAACGAUGCCCGUCUCCGGGCUGGAAAGCCGGUACUAGGCUUUUUGAACCCGUUCCUGUACUCGCAAGGCCACAAGGCUUUGAACGAUAUAGUUGGCGGUCACUCGUAUGGGUGCGGCGGCAUCGAUCCCCAAAGCAACCGGGCCGUCAAUGGAAGUUUGAUCAUUCCUGGCGCUUACUGGAAUGCUACUGAGGGUUGGGACCCUGUGACUGGGCUCGGCACCCCCAAUUUCCAGAAAUUGAAGGAUUUGGUGCUGGCGUUGUGA